AAAGCCCUAGAUCUCUCUCUCUCUCUCUCUCUCUCUCUCUCUCUCUCUCUCUCUCUCUCUCUCUCUCUCAUACACACACAACACCCAUGUCUGAAAAUAGAGAUCCUUCACACCAUCGCACAUACCAUGACGAUAAACGCCUCGGCGCCGUCAGUUUCCCCUUCUCUAACCAUCCCAACCUCUAUAAUCAAGACCCGACUGGGCCAGGAUCCCACUCCAUCCUCGAUCUACAUGGUUUCGGUCCAUCUCCACCGUACAUGAGCUUCACGGAUUGUCUAAAUGAUUCAGUGGACUACUCAAUGCUAUCUAGAGCUUUCGACUUGUCACACUCUUCAUCGGAAGUUUUCAGGGACAGCGGCGUCACCACCAAUGACUCGGUGGAUUCUGCGGGGCCGAACGGCAACCCGGCCACACCCAAUUCUUCUGUUUCAUCGUCAUCGACAGAGGCUGCAGGUGACGAUGAUUCGGUGAGGUGUAAGAAAGAUCAACAACUUAAAGGGUGUGAAGAUGGGAUGGAGAGAUCUAAGAAAGUGACCAAAGGACGGAAGAAAGGAGAGAAGCGGCCAAGAGAGCCCCGUUUUGCAUUCAUGACUAAGAGCGAGGUGGAUCAUCUUGAAGAUGGAUACAGAUGGAGAAAAUAUGGCCAAAAGGCAGUGAAAAAUAGCCCUUACCCAAGAAGCUACUAUCGUUGCACCAGCCAAAAAUGUUCGGUGAAGAAACGAGUAGAAAGAUCGUACCAAGAUCCAACGAUCGUAAUUACAACGUAUGAAGGCCAACAUACACAUCCAAGCCCUGCGACCCUUCGAGGAAGUGCUGCCGGAAUGUUGGCGCCAUCGAUGCUUACAGGGUCACAACUGCCAUUGCCUACCUUCCACCAUGAGAUGUUGAUGCAGGCACCCCCAACAAACAUGCAAGGCUACACAAACUCCAUGUACCGGCAAAACCUAACUCCUAAUCAGCAGCUUCAACUUCCUGACUACGGCCUUUUGCAAGACAUUGUUCCCUCGUUCAUCCCAAAACAACCAUGACCAUGCUUCUCUUAUCUCCAAAGUCACUCUCAGGAGAGUAGAACUAUUAGUCCAUUUCCACCACACAUGCCAACGUAUCACUUGUGUUCUAGAUAUCUGGUCGUUCAUUUGGUGGGCCCCACCAUCUAUAUGCCGUGGUCCAAAUAGUUGGCAAGUCCAGUUAUAAAGUGCAAACACGUGUGGAAGCAGUCCACUCAUUGGUGCACCACAGGCGCACUCGUCUCGCCCACCUGAUGACCAGACCGGCCUGAUUUUCAGGCCAUGGCACGUGAAUGAUGAAGCCCAACUGAUGAACAGCCCGGUUCUCGCAUAAAAGUGCCAUGUUGGCACGUGUGCAAAAGUCCUGCUCUCUCUCUGAGUAACCUUAGGAGUAUCUCUCUCUCACUCUCUCUCUCUCUAAUAUUGUACAUGUAGUUUGAAGUUACAUGCAUGAACAUGGCAUCGAUGCUAGUAUAGAAUGGUAAGAGCAUUAAAUUCAUCUCUAUGACUUGGUGAAUGGUGAAGUGCACGUAUCUCGUGCCUCCUGCAAAACGCAUCUCACUUCAGUUUCUCAGCUGAAAUGGCUAAUGGUAGUGUUGCCAUGGAAAGGCUAUCUGUUUGGAGAUUCGUCUAUUUGGGAAACGGCCAUUUAUAUGCCAGCUGCUGUAGUUGAAACAAGUUCUCUGAAUUGGGGUUUUUUUUUUCUUUCUUAUUUUACCCUUUUGUUAUAAGUGCAAUCAACAUAUAUCGUUGGUUUGAUGAUGA